AUGGAGCCGUACGGCAUCGGCUUCAAGGCAGCUCCCGGCCGGUUCAGCAACGGCCGACUCACGAUCGACCUCAUUACCGAGGAUAUGGGAAGCGACUACCUCAUGCCUUACAUCACCAAGUCGCUCGUCUCCAAGCAGGGCACCAGCUUCGCCACGGCAGGCGCCGGCACCAAGCCCUGGAUCAACAGCAACCAGACGUGGAGCUUGCAGCAUCAGCUGGAGUUCUUCAGUCAGUACGCUGCCGACCGCAGGGGAAUGCUACACGGACCGUGUAGUCUCUGUCUUUGCUACUUCACAGCCAUUGCCACUCUUGAACCUUUCUCCUCCUCCCGUUCUCCCGUUCCUUUCCUCUACCACACCCUCUCCGAACCUUUCCAUACCUUUCCACAGAAAUUCAACACAGCGGUCUUCGUUAUCAGCAUCGGCACCAACGACUAUCUCGACGCGAUUCUAGGAGACGGAGGCGACAAGGCGGCAGCAGACCUCGUCUCCUCCACCACCAACGCGAUCGUGGAGGCAAUCCUCUUGCUCUUCAAAACCACGCGCGCCACUAAGUUUGUUGUUUACGACGUGCCUCCUCUCGGCUGCAUUCCCGCCGUGCGCUUAGCUAAGGGUCUUGUGAGCGAGUCGGCCGGGUGCUACGAGCCGGCCAAUCAGAUCGCGGCGGAUCACAACCAGGCGCUGUCGAUGAAGCUGGACAAGCUGCGGGCGGCGGGAGUGAAGGAUUUGAUUCUGUUCCGCAUGUCCAGCGGAUUCGACAAUCUUCUGCUCAAGGACGGAACUGCUUUCACCAGCAAGCUCACUCCGUGCUGCCAGGGCGAAACCCCCAAGGGCGAGAGAAUUUCUUGCGGGCAGACCGUGGAGGAGGGAGGCAAGAACUACACCGCAUCAGUGUGCGACGAGCCGGCCAAGUCCGUGUGGUGGGACGACUAUAACCCUACCGAGGCUGCUAAUAACGCGCUCGAGUUUGUGCUGUGGAACAGCAACAGCAUCAUGUAUGUGCGGCCCAACGGUCUCAAGCAGGCAUUGGAGUAA